AUGCCUAGAUCCACAAAGUCUGCCUCUUUCGAGCUGGACGACAAGCCCACUGUCGAAGAUGUCGAGGACGUUCGCCCGGAAGACCAGAUCCUCACUCACUUUCCCCUCCUGAGGGACAAGACCCCGGAGGAACUGAAGACGUUGAACAAAGCUGUCCUACGUAAGCUGGACUGGAGGUUCUUGCCGAUGAUUACGGUGAUGCUGCUGAUGAACUACCUCGAUCGCAUCAACGUCUCCAAUGCCCGCCUUGCAGGGAUGCAAAGCGACCUCAACAUGACUGACACGCAAUGGUCCGCGGGUAUAUCGCUCUUCUACGUGGGGUAUAUCAUCUCACAAAUUCCCGCCAACAUCAUCAUCUCCAAGGGCAAGCCCAGUCUUCUGCUUCCACCUAUGAUGCUGGGAUGGUCGGCGGUGACGAUUUGCAUGCCAGCCUUGACCACCGGCUGGGGGUUUAUGCUGUGUCGCUUCCUGGUCGGAUUGACCGAGGGCCCUUUUGUGCCCGCCGUGUCGCUCAUGACCAGCUCCUGGUAUACGCGAGACGAGUCGCCUCUGCGGAUGGGCAUCUGGCAUGCGGGGAAUAUCAUCUCGAAUGUGUUUUCCAGCUUGUUAGCGGCAGCGAUCUUGACGAACAUGGAGGGGAUUGCGGGGCUGCAUGCGUGGCAGUGGUUUCUGCUCUUGGAGGGAAUCGUCAGUGUCUUGGUCGCGCUGCUGGGCUUCCUGUGCAUUCCCAACUUUCCCAACAAUACUGGCCGCAGCUGGUUUACGGAAGAGCAGGCUGCCAUGGCCGCGUAUCGCCAGGCCGUGUCGGCGGGAGGCCAGAUGGAAGACGAAGAGGGGGGCCCUUGGAGUGGCGUUGUCCAGGCUGUCCAGGAUCCGUUUACCUGGCUGUUCUCCGGGAUUCACUUUGCCCUGAUCAUCGGACAGUCUUUCAAGGAUUUCUUUCCAUCCAUUGUCGAGACUCUCGGAUUCUCCAAGAUCAUCACCUACUUCAUCCAGGCCCCUCCAUAUGUCAUCGCGUAUAUCGCGACCCUCCUCAUCUCAUGGUCUUCGGGCCGCCACCUCGAGCAUUGCUGGCACAUCAUCGUCCCCGUUGCCAUCUCCAUCGCCGGCAGCGUCAUUAUGAUCUCAACCCUCAACGUCGGCGCAAGAUACUUUGGCCUGGUUCUGCUCUGUACCGGUCCAUUUGUCGGUCUGAAUAUCCAAAUCGCCUGGGAAACAACCGUCGUGCCUCGCCCGCGCACCAAACGCGCAGCCCUGAUUGCCAUUGCCAACUGUGUCUCGUCCGUCUCGCACUGGUUCACCCCGUACUUCUUCCUGCGCUCGCAGGAGCCGCGGUACGAGACGGGCGGCGGCAUCAUCAUCGCGGGCUGUGGGCUGGCGAUUAUCCUGUGUUUGAGUACCAGGUUUUGGGCUCAAAGGAAGAACCGGGAGCUGGAGAGAGCAGACACUGCUAAUGGGACGGUGACGCAAUGGCGGUUUGCUACUUGA